UUUCGUGUGCGUUGACACAACUCUUUGUGUGAAAUACAAAAACUAAAAUGGCGACGUCAGUAGAGUGAUGGAAUUGAGGAAUUUUUUCAAUUGUGUUGAUUUUUUAUAUUCAUAUUCUAUAUAUUGGUGGAUAUUUUAACCCAAUUACAACAAUAAAUCUAAAAACACAAACAAAUAAUACCAAAUAAAUAUAUAUAUCAAACAAUUUCCGUGCAAAUGCCUAAAACAAAAAGUGAAAUAUCUAAAAAGCAAAUAAAAAACCUAUUGAAAAAAAGUGAAAAAAGUUACGCUAAAGAAAAAAUAAAAAUGGCGCCCGCGACGUCUUGACUUUCUUUUUUUUUUACAUAUAUUGUAUAAAAUCGUUUUUGCAUAAAGAAUUUUACAUUAAUUGUAAAUAUUUCCACGAAAAAAACAUGCUAAAAACACAAUUGACUAAAUUGUGAAAAUCUUAUUCAAUAAAAAAAUAUCGUGUAAAAGUUUGGAGAAAAAUUCUAAAGCAAAAUAAAAGUUGAAAAGCGAAAUUACUGUGGCCGUUGUUUUUUUAAGUUCGUUCAUUUCAGUUUCAUUAUAUUUUUUUUAAUUUUCAUUCAUACGUUCGUAUACGUGCGUGUGUGUAAUAUAUAUUUUUUUUAAAUAAAUAAAAGGCCUUGAGGAUGUGUGCUGCUCAAAGUAAUCCAACACAAAGUUUUGGUCCUUAUGCCUGGGGUUUUGCUGAUAACACUCGAGGUCCCGAGUCCGUAUUGGAAAUAUCGCCCAAUAUAAACUACACUGUUAGCAGUGAAUCUCAUUAUAAUUUUCAGAUGCCAUAUUUGUUAUCCACUGAUGGAUCAUUAACAGUGCAAAAAGAUGUUAAAGGAGGAUUAGCUGGCAAUAAAAGUGUUGUACGGCGUAUGGUAUUGGUCAAUGACCCAUUUGCAACAGGAGCUCAAAGAGUAAUUACUGGUGCUGCCGCCGCCUCCUCAGUUGUUAAGAAACCAGAGCAACAACAACAAGUUUUAAACUUAAAUUGUGACAAAAAUUAUCUUCUUGUCGAUCAAACAGAUCAGUCUCAUUUAUCGAACGGUAUUGUAGAUUCAAAAACACAAACCAUAUUAACAACAGCAGCAGCUGCUAAUAAAGCACAUUUUAGUCCAAUUGGCCCCAUACACUUGACGGCCGAGGAAUGUAAUGAAAUAUUAAUGAAACGUGCUUUGGCCGCCACACACCCACAAACUAUAACAUCAAAUGAUGGUCAUAAUACAACUACAAGUGACAUAUUGCCUGGCAUCUCAGUGCAAGUACAAAAAGUUAUACAAGGUCUAGAAGACAAUGAUGAUUCACAAGGUAAUGUGCCUAAUUUAAAAUUAGAACCUGGAACAUUGGAACUCUCACCGAAAGCAGAAUUACAAGACACCAUGCAUUUUACAGAUGCCGAUGCCACCAUUAAAAAAGAACGCCCUUACAGUUGCGAUGAGUGUGGCAAAUCAUUUUUAUUAAAACAUCAUUUAACUACUCAUGCUAGAGUACAUACAGGGGAACGGCCCCAUAUCUGUACACAUUGUGGUAAAAGUUUCGCCCAUAAACACUGUCUAAAUACCCACUUGCUUCUACACUCCACCGAUCGCCCUUAUCAGUGCACCGAGUGCAAAAAGAGUUUUACUCUUAAACAUCAUUUGUUGACCCAUUCUAGGGUACACUCACGUGAUCGACCCUUUAUUUGCCAGGAAUGUGGUCGUACAUUCCCGCUGAAACGUCACUUAGUGACCCAUAGUAAAUAUCAUGCUGGCGAACGACCGUUUGUUUGUGAUGAAUGUGGCGAAAGUUUUGCCCAAGAAAAUCAUCUUAUUAUGCAUUCACGUUUUCAUGGUUCUGUUAAUCCAUUCGUUUGUCAGGAUUGUGGUGUUACAUUUCCGCGUAAAUUUCAAUUGGUCAAUCAUGCUCGUAUACAUGGCAAAGUACCGCAUGCCUGUACAGUGUGCGGUAAAGAAUUUUUACAAAAAAGAACAUUAGUGGCACAUAUGCGUGUACAUACUGGUGAUCAACCAUAUCCUUGUAUAAGUUGCGGCGAAGGUUUUAUGACAAGACCGGAUUUAAAUCAACAUAUACGCACCACACAUGGUGGUGUCAAUCCGAAUUCUUCAAAUACCGCCGCAGUGCCGUCCAACAAUUUAAUUUCACAGCAGCAGCCAACACAAACAAUACAACAAGUACACCAAACACAAGCCCAUACUACACAUCAGCAACAGCAGCAAGGGCAUCAAGUUCAAAAUAAUCAUCCACAAACUAUAACGGUGGUUAGCAAUCCAAACAAUUCGGCCUUGUUAACGGUCACCGCCAAUGAUGCCAAUAAUACGGCCAGACCACAAUUUGGUUGCCGGGAAUGCGGAAGUGCCUUUAAUAGUCGCGAAGCUUUAGCUCUCCACCUGCGUUUACAUACCGGUGAUAAAAGUCUUAUGACCGAUUUAUGUGCUUUAACCGCCGCCUUGCCUACACACUUACUAAGCACAACCGGUAUGAGUUCUGGCGCCACUGUUGUGGCUGCCAAUCCAAAUAUUAUAGCCCAAAACCAAAUGCCAGUUCAAAUCAUAUCAUCAACGGGUCAAGUUGUUUCACAGACAACACUGGUGCAGGCCGCCGCUACGACUCAUCCGCAGACACUUGUUCCCGGCAUGUCAUCGGUUGGUUUACAGCCUCAACAGCAGCAGCAACACUUACAGAAUGGUGCUGCUCACCAGCAGCAACAUCAGCAGCAGCAACAACAGCAGCAACAACAACAGCAGCAGCAACAACCGCAGCAAUCACAACAGACACCCACCAAACCCAAAUCACAUUUCUGUGCUAGUUGUGGCAAAGGUUUUGCUGCCAAACACGGUCUCAUGCAACACAAUCGUCGUCAUCCGAACGGCGGUUGUACGGUACGCACUCAUGUGUGCGAGUGUGGCAAAGCAUUCUUCCAAAAGAAUCACUUAAUGCUACAUCAACGUCAACAUUUGGAAACGAAACCACCCAUUUCGCAGCAACAGCUUGAUUUUAUUCUUCAACAGGAUGGCAACAGUCAACAACAACAGCAGCAACAACAACAACAACAGCAGCAACAACAACAGCAACAUGUGCAACAACAGGCUCAACAACAACUGGCCCAACAGCAACAAAAUCAGCAGCAGCAGCAACAACAGCAAAAUCAACAACAACAACAGCACCAGCAGCAACAACAACAAAUGACCACCCGAGAAGUAAUGAUUGGCAAUCAAGCUGUACACGUGCAAGUGUUGCAAGGUACAAAUACAGCACAAGUUAUUAAAUAUGAAAUUAACAUACCACAAGAGAAUCAAAAUAUUGAAUGAGCAAGAAAUGAGUGAUGAAUCCCCCCUUUUUUUAAGGCAAAAGAAGUAAAGAAAGAAAGUUGAUAAAGGAGGCAUAAGCUAACAAGAACUGAACCAAUGGAGUUUUAUGCAGUACAGGAAAAAAGCCAGGACUACUUAAACCCCACAGAGACAGACCCCUUAACACUUAGAGAGUGAGAAAAUAAAGUUUUAAGUUCUUUUAACCAUAACAGCAGCAUUUAAAAACUCUACAACUCAACUUCUGGAAACAAACCAAUAGAAGUUUUUUAAGGGAAACAAGAAGGUACAUGUUGUAAUUGGCUCAGGCUCUCCCUCUCUCUCUUCUUACUUCUCUCUUUCUUUUCGUAUUGAUUUCUUUGUUGUUCUCUUACAUACAUUCUCUUUUAGCUUAUUGUUUUAUAAGCAUUAUUGUUGUUGUUUUUGUUUCUAUUUUUUAUUGUUUAUUUUUAUUUAAAAUAUUAUUUUUUUUAACAAUUAUUGACACAUUUUUUUUUUAAAGAAAAAAC